UCACGAAGUUUCGGACCCACCCGACCCGACGCAUCGUCUGCUCCGUUUUCUCUCCUCUCUUUAUCAUCCUCGCCUCGAUCCUCUACCGUAUAAAAGGCCACGAUCGGCCGGCGUAAGAUUCCGGUCCCCUGUGGCGAUAAUCUAUCUCCUUCUCGAUUUCUGAAGGCCAUUAGAGAUGACUAUCUCGGACGACGAAGACGAAAGCCUCGCUCACUUCCUCGAAUCCGAAGUCCUCUCUGAGUUCUCAGACCAGGAGGAGGAUGAACCGCAAACGAAGAGGCUACGUGUGGCGGACGACGCCGGCGAAGGAUCUUCUGUCGUGCCGUCGUCGAUUGUGCAAUUUCAACCACCACCGCCUCCAAUGAGUAAUAUAUGUGUGAAUAAGGACUGCUGUUGUGGUAAUAGAGAUGGCUUCCACGAGCGACCGAAGCCGAGAAGCAUAGAAACCGGUUUCUUCAGCAAGAUCCCUUCGGAGCUCUUCCAUCACAUCCUCAAAUUCCUCUCCUCCGAGGAUCUUGUCUCUUGCUCUCUGGUCUGUAGGUUCCUCAAUUAUGCUUCUUCAGAUGAGUCCUUGUGGCGUCGCUUGUACUGUAUGAGGUGGGGAUUACUGCCCCCUACAAAAAAGUUGCGGGAAGUUGCUUGGAAAAGGCUUUACAUUCAGCGUGAUGAAGAGGACAUGAUUGAAUUUGUUAGGAAUUGCCCCUCUGAGUUCAAAGAGUACUACAUCCAAAUGCAGGCAGCUAAGAGAAGCCAAGCACCUCUUCCUUCACAGGUGAAUGAUGAUCAAAUCGUUCUUGACAAGACUGUUUCUGAUCAAGUGUCCAUUUGGAAAAGCAGCAGAGGCCUGACUGAUACAAUGGUCUCUAACCAUGAUUGCUCUGGAGAAACCUGUACUUAUUAUCAAAUAGGAGAUGUUUUUGUUUGUGAGAAGACAGGGCGGGUUCAUGUUUGUGAUGAUACCUGCAGAGAAGCUGUUUUGGAUCCAGGAAAUGAGCUUUUGGUUUGUACAAUAUCUGGGCACUGUUUUGAUAGAUUACUGUCCCCUGCUGAAAUGGAGCCAGAUCCUGAACAGCAGCAAGGUGGCGUUUCAGAUGAAGCAGAGCCAUUCAUGGGAUCCGGUCGAUUUGCUCGGGCUUAUCUUUUGGGAUAUAAUUGUGCUGAUGAGAAGGAGCUACAAGCUGCUUUGAGGUUUUGCUGAUUUAGAUCUCUCCCUAUCCAUAGUUGCCCGAUCAUGCUCAGAAAUGGGACAUUUAUCUUAUCUUUGCUCUUCCUUUUCGAAAGUAACUAGGGUCGCUCUAUCCAAGUACUAUGUAUAUGAAAGCAUGGAUUAGUUUGUUUACCUUUAUUAGGGCAUAUUUAAGUUGCUUUCUGUCACCGCACCAACUCUUAAAAUGCUGCUACAUUUUGUAUUGUGCUCAGUCGGUCUAGUAAUUAAGGUAAAUUGCAUCACCUGGCAUGGCAAUUUGCAUUUGUGAGUCUCUUGCAUUUUGCUCUGUCCUCUUGGUUUUGGCCGAAACCUUAUUGAUCAGCAAGUCCUUUGACAAUCUUUUAGCUGGCAAGGCUGUUCACAAUGGUACCAUAUUCUGCUUCUCUAUGGCCUAGUAGUCUGUACGCAGGCUGCAGCAAAAUGUUAUUGUUUUCUUUGCAAUCAUCUAAUCGAAAAUCCUCCCAUUCUGGA